AUGAUCGUCUUUAAAUCGUCCAGCAUUCCCACCUCUACUAUUCUCGCAUUCGCAGGCGUGGCCUUCUUGUACCUGCUCUACCUUCGAUUGCUUCCUAAACCACUUCCCGGAAUACCACACAACAAGAGUGCCACCGAGUCCCUUAUGGGUGAUGUCGCCUCAUUCAUCGCCAGCCAAAAACAGGGUGUGUCCAUGUCGGGAUGGAUCGCCUCUCAGUGUGACGGCCUGAAGUCUCCCAUCUUUCAGCUGUUGAUGGGGCCCCUCUCGAAGCCUAUAGUCGUCAUCACCGACUUUCGCGAGGCGGAAGACAUUUCAAUGCGCCGAACCAAGCAUUUUGACCGAGGUAACUCCCUCGGCCGCAUAUUCGGACAUUUGUUUCCGCAGUGGCAUCUCCUCAUGAAGACAUCAAAUCCUCUCUUCAAGAAGCAGCGAAAGUGGUUACAGGAUCUCAUGACGCCGACCUUCCUGCAUAAUGUUGCCGCAGAACCCAUAUACCAGAGCAUGCUGAAAGUUGUCGAGCUUUGGGAGCAUAAGCAUCGUCUCGCGCGGGAUCGGCCGUUCUCGGCAUUUGAGGAUAUCUACGCUGGAGCUCUGGAUGCCGUUUUGGCGUUUUCGUUCGGGGGCAGCUUUGGGCACAGGUCGAUUCCUGCGAGGAUUGACCUCGUGUCCUCAUCAACCGAGGUCCCACCGUCGUCUGGAUCCAACGACCCUGUCGUGUUCCGUGAAGGAAAGAUCAAUGAAGUGGCGCAGGCGAUUCUAGACUUGGCGGAAACUGCGGAGGAGACGAGCAGGUCAGUAAUGCCGAAGCUCCGUUCGUGGAGCCUUCUUCAGACUGCGCGGAUCAAGAAGGCCAAGAUGAUCAGAGACGACGUGAUCACUCGAGAGAUUAAUAAUUCCGUGAAGAAACUGCAGGGGGAGGAGCCUGUUUCAUCAGCAGUGGACCAUAUGAUAUACCGGGAGAAGCUGUUUGCCGAAAAGGAAGGUCGAGAGCCCGAGUUCGACUCGAUAGGAAUGCAUAGCGAGAUCUUUGGUUUCCUCAUGGCCGGUCACGAAUCUUCUGCAACGACAUUCGCAUGGGGCAUCAAGUACAUGGCCGACAAACAGCAUGCCCAACAAGUGCUCCGCGAAGAGCUCCGCAAGCAUCUGGUUGUCGCAACUGCUGAGAAUCGUCAGCCGACAUGCGAGGAGAUCAUCAAGACCAGCAUCCCCUACCUAGACGCCACGAUGGAGGAGAUCCUGCGCUGUAGCGGCACAACGGCCGGCACCGAGCGGCUAGCCAUGCAGGACACGACGAUUCUUGGUCACCACAUUCCCAAGAACACAAGUGUCAUCAUGGUUACUGUCGGCCAGAGCGUCACGAAACCCGCCUUCGAGAUUCCCGAAUCGAACCGGACCAAGUCGGCCCUUGACGCCACUAGUCGUAAUCGUAGCUGGGACUCUUCCACGUAUCCGCCCGCCGAGUUCGCGCCGGAGAGAUGGCUCGUCCCAGGUGAGGGCCCCAAUGGGAUGGUGUUCGAUCCUACCGCCGGACCGCACAUGGUAUUCGGUCUGGGUCCGAGGGCCUGCUUUGGGAGACGGCUGGCAUAUCUCGAGCUGCGCAUGUUCACGGCGCUGUUCUUCUGGAACUUUGAGCUUCUGCAGUGCCCGCCCGAGCUUUCGAGUUAUGAGUCCUACGAUGGGUUGACCGUCAAGCCUAGGCAAUGCUACGUGAGGUUGAGGAAGAUGUUGUGA